GCAAAACUUCUUUUUAAGUAUUGUCGAGUCAGUCUCACGUAAGAUGUAUUUUAGAUUAAUUUUUAAAACAUAGUGAACACUUUUGAUUAUGGCAUGUUUUUCCUCUUGCUUCGAAAGAGACCGUUUUAUUUUGAAAAUAAGAAAGGAAGUGAUUCGUUUUUUUCCUGAGAAUAUUUACAAAUUAGCCUGAGGUUUGCUACUCACCAAUAUUAGUUACUUUGUGUUGUUUGGGUUCAACUGCAAGUGUUCCAGUAUCCAAUAUCUACUAAAAAUGUCGUCCUUGGACGGAAUUAAGAUGCCAGGCCGCCUUCCGUUGCUUUUGACCCACGAACGGGUCCUCCUUCCUGGCUCGACCGUCCGCUUCAACGUAGAUACUCCUCGGAACAUGCACCUGAUCAAGAACCGUCUGCUCAAGGGGACUUCGCUCAAAAGCACCUUUAUUGGAGUGAUUCCCAACACCAGAGACCCCGCGAAUGAUGCCGACGACCUCCCCACUUUGCAUAAGAUUGGUACCGCUGGGAUUGCAGUGCAGGUAGUGGGCAGUAACUGGCCAAAGCCACACUAUACCCUUCUCAUCACUGGAUUAUGCCGUUUUAGUGUGUCAAGCCUGCUGACGGAGCGACCUUUUGUUCUGGCUGAGGUCGAGCAGUUGGAUAAACUGGAACAGUACACCACCCCAGCAGAGGGUGUCUCAGCAGAAGAUGGAGAGCUGCAAGAAUUGUCCCAAAAAUUCUACCAGACAGCUCUACAGUUGUUAGGGAUGCUGGACAUGUCUGUUCCAGUCGUGGCCAAAUUCAGACAUCUUUUGGACAGCCUUCCCAAAGAAACUCUGCCUGAUGUGGUAGCCGCCAUGAUCCGCACUUCAAACAAGGAAAAAUUACAGGUACUGGAUGCCGUUAGCUUGGAGGAGCGUUUUAGGAAAACAUUGCCCCUGCUGACCAGACAGAUAGAAGGACUUAAACUGCUGCAGCAAACUAGGAGAAUGAUGCCUGACCCGGAAAAGAAGGUGCUAUCCGUGCGCAAAGGUGGAGUGUUUCCGGAGCGACACUUCAGUCUGAACGAGGAAGAUGAUGAGGACGAUAGUGAUGAUACGACCUCCCUGGAGAGGAAGGUGCAUGCGGCCAACAUGCCAGAUGCAGCUCUCCGAGUUUGCUUAAAGGAGCUCAAAAGAUUGAAGAAGAUGUCGCAGUCUAUGCCUGAAUAUGCCCUCACUCGAAACUACUUGGACUUGAUGGUAGAGCUUCCAUGGAGCAAAAGCACCAAAGACUGCUUGGAUAUCCAAGCUGCCCGGACAUUGUUGGAUAAUGACCACUAUGCAAUGGACAAGCUAAAGAGACGAGUGCUGGAGUACCUGGCUGUUAGACAGCUAAAAGCUUCAUUGAAGGGCCCGAUCCUGUGCUUUGUCGGACCGCCAGGAGUCGGCAAGACCAGUGUGGGGCGCUCUAUUGCCAAGACCCUGGGCAGAGAAUUCCAUCGCAUCGCUCUUGGGGGUGUUUGUGACCAGUCGGACAUCCGAGGACACAGACGCACUUAUGUAGGCAGCAUGCCGGGCCGCAUCAUCAACGGUUUGAAGACGGUGGGCGUCAACAAUCCAGUUUUCCUCCUGGAUGAAGUGGACAAACUAGGGAAGAGCCUGCAAGGAGACCCUGCAGCUGCAUUGCUUGAGGUGCUCGAUCCGGAGCAAAACCACAGCUUCACAGACCACUAUCUCAACGUGGCUUUUGAUCUCUCUCAAGUGCUCUUCAUCGCCACGGCCAACACCACUGCGACUAUCCCUCCGGCCCUGCUGGACCGAAUGGAGGUGCUGCAGGUGCCUGGCUACACGCAGGAGGAGAAGGUGGAGAUAAGUCUCCGGCACUUGAUCCCAAACCAAAUGGAGCAGCAUGGACUAUCAUCUAAACAGCUGCAUAUACCGUCAGACACCACUAAGGAUAUCAUAAACAGCUACACGCGUGAGGCUGGUGUGCGCUCGCUGGAGAGGAAGAUUGGAGCCAUCUGUCGAGCUGUUGCUGUGAAAAUCGCUGAGGUCCAAACCGAUUCAAAGACUAAAGGGGUGACUGGUGAGGGUCACACGCAGCAGGGAGCAGAGAAGGCAGCCCCCCCAGCGAUGCCAAUCGUGAUCGACCACGGGGCCCUAAAAGAUAUUCUCGGCACUCCGCCCUUCGACAUGGAGGUGUCAGAGCGGCUUACCCUACCCGGCGUCGCUCUGGGCCUGGCCUGGACCCCUCUGGGUGGCGAGAUCAUGUUCGUGGAGGCCAGUCAAACGGAGGGCGAAGGUCAGCUGACUCUUACGGGCCAGCUGGGUGAUGUCAUGAAGGAAUCGGCACAUCUGUCCAUCAGCUGGCUUAGAGCUAACGCGAAACGCUACCGGCUAACAAACAUGGUGGGGGGUCCGGAUCCUUUAGAAGGGACAGAUAUACAUCUUCAUUUCCCUGCCGGAGCUGUGACCAAGGAUGGCCCCUCUGCUGGCGUUACCAUAGUAACUUGCCUGGCCUCGCUGUUCAGUGGAAGACUGGUUCGAUCAGACGUCGCCAUGACCGGAGAGAUCACGCUGAGAGGCCUGGUUCUUCCGGUGGGCGGUAUUAAAGACAAGGUGCUGGCAGCCCACAGGGCGGGCGUCAAGCGAGUCAUUGUGCCCAAACGUAACGAGAAGGAUCUGGAGGAGCUUCCGGCGAACGUGCGAGACGACCUGGACUUUGUCGCUGCCGCCGACCUGGACCAGGUGCUGAACGCCGCUUUCGACGGAGGCUUUCCUGGGACAGGCAGGAUGCAUGAACGCCCUCAGCUCAGCAGCAAGCUGUAACGCAGCACACUGGACAGGGUGAAGAAGGGCUGACUUGCUCCUGAACUGGUUGCCAAUCAAUCCCAAGACACAAAUGGAGACAGACUCACGUUCUCAGCGUCACUGAGUGGGAACUGAACCCUCGCACGCAAGUCAGGCGGGUGGACAUUCUUCAACUUCACUCUUCAACUCGUCUUCUAGAUCUGAUAACAACA